UAAUAAUAAUAAUAAACAAAAAAAAAAGAAAAAAGGAAAAUGUCGAGUAUGAUCAAGAUAAUGAUGAUGAUGGCCUUGGUAAUAAUGGGCGUGAGAGCAAAAACGCUGACUGAGUGUCGUGAAACAGACUGCAAGUAUGUUUGUGCGAACAAAGGGAUGAGCACAAAGGCUUGUUCUAAAUGUGUCCUUCGAUGCAGUACUGCUUCUGACAAAAGGACCAACGAUGUAGACCAACGUGUCAUAUGUUACCGGAACUGCGAUGUUGGUUGUGGCACAGACAAUGCGUGCCAUGAACGUUGUAACAAGAGUUGCGGUUACCCACCCUUGAUGAAUCUUCAUCUAUGACUUUGUUGAGACCUAGGAGUCAUGGACUUGUGGAAUAUUUAUUAUGCAUUUCUCUUUGUGAUUUAGGUGUUUAUUUUGUUGAAUUUUUACAUGUUGGGGUUGUAAUUGGCAUGGAAAGAUUCUAUAUAAACAUACUAAAGUCUAAUAAAUAAAUAUAUUAUUUUCUUGAAAUAAA